AUGACGAGCAAGCACACCUGCAAGCUCUGCUGCCGCCACUUCUCCAGUGGCCGGGCCCUCGGUGGCCACAUGCGAUCCCAUGCCAAGCCCUACGUCAUCACCGCCACCGCUGUUGGCGGCGCCGCCUUGCCCUCGUCCUCUUCCUCCGCCUCCCACGGCGGCGAUCUCCAGCCCACGCAGCCCGUCUCCGGCGACGGCCUGCAGGAGAAACCCAAGAGGAGCUGCCGUCUCACAGAUCCGGAGCUCUCCUCCACCGCCCUCGGCGGCGCCGCCGCUUCCUCCUCCGUCGUCCUCCCCGACUGGGAGAGCGACACCGAGUCCUCGAAGCCACCGCCACCGCCACCGCCGCCGCAGAAGCCCGGUGAGCUCGAGCCAGAGCCGGCGAGCUCCGUCUCCGACACCACGCCGGAAGAGGACGUCGCCCGCUGCCUCGUGAUGUUCUCCCGCGACGCAUGGUGCUCCGCCGCCGCCGGCGGCGGAGUAGAGGAGUUGGAGAUGGCCGAGGCUAAUCCCGCCACAACAGUCAGAUCGAGGACCGGCGGCGGGCGGAGGAAGCACAGUUGCAGAACCUGCGGGAAGGUCUUCCGCUCGCACCAGGCUCUCGGCGGCCACCGCGCCAGCCACAAGCAACCCAGAUCGUGCGCGGCGCCGCCGCCGACGCCUCCAACCCCGUGCCCGACAGGAAUCUCCGGCGAGGAGAACAAAUCUCCGGCAAUAAUCUAUGAAUUCUCCGUCACCGGCGAUGGCGGCAGCGGUGCCGCCGCCGCCUCAGCAUGGCGGAUGACUAUAGAUCUUAAUAUGCCGCCUCCCAUGGAUUGA